AGCACAGUGCAGCUACGAAAAAUGGCAGACUAAUGUCAUAAAAUACAACAGUUGUAGGAAAUCUUUAAACUCUGAAAAGCACCUACCGAUUCGCAAACAAUGUUGCGAAUUAAAUCAACCCCAUACACGUCAAAUCCAAAACGUGUCUAAAACUACCCCAAUUUGCUAAAUAAUUGUUUUCACCCCUUUUACUAAUUAAUUUUUUUAACAUUAUUCAGAAGGAAAAAAAACCAAAAUCUAAAAUAAUUAUUUGAGUUGGCGCCUUUAAUUUUGAUAUAAAGUGACACGUCACCCAAUUUUGAAGCUUCUGCGAGAAGCUUUGCCAUUACCCUCAUCGAGCCAUAAGCGUAGUGGAAUGUAAGCUGCUCCCGCCGCCGUAUCACUUCUCUUCUCCACCGCCGGCGCCGGAAAACAACCCAGUUCCGAUGAGAAAAUCCACAAGGUUAUCUUCCAUUGGUCUCACCCAAGUUCGAGAACCGGUGAAAACUUUCCGGACGCGAUUUUCUCUGACUUCCUUCACGAAGCGCGUUCAGCGGCUCACGGCGGAGCAGAGGUCCGCCAUCUCGCGAACAGGCUUCGGGAGCUUGCUAUCGGUUCCGAAUCAAACGCUGAACAAGGUUUUCCUCACGGAGGUGAUGGAGGCGUGGGAUUCCGAGCGGCGAGUGUUCGCGGUGGGCACAGGUGAGAUCUCGAUGAGCUUGCUGGAUGUUGCGCUGAUUCUGGGGGUUCCGGUGGUGGGGGACCCUGUGGUGCUGACGGAGGAGGAGGCGUUUUCUGAAAUGGAGGAGGUGUAUGGGGCGGCGCGUGGGAAGAGGAAGGUGGCGAUGGGUUCUCUUGAAGCGAGGCUUGAUUCAAUUGGGGAUGUUGUUAGUGAUGAUUUUGUGAGGACUUUUUUGCUUUACACAAUUGGGACUUUUCUUUCUUCCAAUGAUGCGAAAGUGGAUUCGAGAUACUUGAAUUUUCUCUGUGAUUUGGAGGGUGUUUCUGGAUUUGCUUGGGGUGGUGCUGUUGUUGAAGAUCUGUGUCAAUGGCUGGAUAAGAGGAAGCAAAACAAUGUGCAGUAUGUGGGUGGUUGUCUUGUAUUUCUCCAAGCAUGGUGUUACGAGCAUUUUGAUAUAGCUCGACCACUUUUGCAAGAUCUCGAUUUGACGUUUCCUCGUGUAUGUCGAUGGGAUAGCAAAUCUCACCUAAAGCAACGAGGUACUUCAACGUUUAAGGAUCUGCAUGAUGACCAGGUGAUUUGGGAACUCCAACCUACUUAUGAAGAGCUACAAAUAGGGAUAAUCAAAGAAGCACUGCAGUUGCAGGGUGACAGCGAAGAGCUUCAAAGGCCAGUAAACUGUUCACCAAGCACAUCAACUAACGUUUCUGGUGUGGAUUCUGAGUCACAGCUUAGCAUCUCUAAUGAAGUACAUAGAGAGGAUGAGGUUAAUUUUGAAAAUCAGGUAGUGGAGGACACCCCCACAAGGUUGAGCACCAGUGGUGAAGUUAAUAGAGAACAAGAGAACAAUUUUGAAAAGCUGAGAGUGGAGGAGACGCCCCCGAAUCUGAGCAUUGGUGACAAAGUGCAUAAAGAGCAGGAAAUGAAUGGUGAAAAGUUGAUAGUGGAGGAGACACUCACAAUUUUGAACACUGUUGAUGACGUAGGCAGAGAGGAAGAGUUCCAUGUUGCAAAACACAUAGUGGAGGACACCCCCACAAGUUUGAGCAUUGCAGACGAAGUAGGCAAAGAGCAAGAGUUCAGUGCUGAGGAUGUCACAGUUGACAACGCUCCCCCAAUAUUGAGCUUUUGUGAUGAUGAUAUAAGGAAGAAAAAUGUCUUGUUAGAAGAGGAAAAUGCUGUGUUGAAGAUGAAAAUAAGCCAACUAAUGAUUUCAAAUACCCAAGUUGAAGAACAGAACGCUGAGUUGAAUAAAGAGCGCGACUUUUUGAGAGAAGAAAACAGAACAUUGAGACUUUUAAUAAGUGACUUUGUGGCCCGAAUGGAUAGACAUGAUUUGGAUCUCGAAACAAAUGCAAUUGAAUUGCACCCUGAAACUUCCUAGCUGUUUAGAGAUAGAGUUGUGGCAAACAAACCAUCCGAUACAUGGUCACUUUUGGUCUAGCUGCAGCCUCCACAUUGAUAAUUUCUGCUCUCCCGACAGGCAUAGAAUUUUGGGCUGCUAAGUGUAUAUAUUUGGUGUAACUUGUAAGGUAAAUAAACUAUCAGUUUAUUUGUGGGUUGUUUUAGGAGGUUUCUUUAAAGCAAAAACAUGAUAUUUGCGCUAGGUAGACAGAUUGUUUAUGUACUUCUCCAAACACAAGUAUUUGGAGUCCUGUAAUAUGUACAAGUUCUUUUCAUGAUCAUUGAUCAUCAUGAGGCUUUGCAAAGAGCCACUAGAAA